UGGAAAUGCUCCGCCCACUGAGGAGCUGAAGUUCCUUUUUUGUUUUUUGUUUUUGUUUUUGUUUGUGUGUGUGUUUAAUUGGGUGUCAGAACUCGGGACAUGAGUGAAGAUGAAUGAGGAUGUGUUUGAGGUCCAGGAUAGGACGGCAUACCGCUACCUGGUGCAGGAUGAAGAAGAGGACGAGGUGCAGUAUGUGUCUCACAGACACUACGUGAGCCCCUUCGCAGUGCUUUCCAAGCGUUGCAUCUUUCUUAUCUGUGUUUGCGUUUUCUUGCUGCUCAAUCUCGCCAUCUACCUGGGCUACAAAGCCAAUACGCCUCAUCCAGCUAUUGCCCAGGUGUCCACUGACUGUGGAGAGUACCAAGGAACAUAUAAAAAUGGAGCCUUCUCCUUUAAGGGCAUGCCCUAUGCUGCGCCGCCUGUUGGUAAUUUGCGUUGGGCUCCUCCAGCCAAGCCACUGUGUAAAACUAAAGUCUCAGAUGCCCGUCGCUUCGGCAGUAUGUGCUCUCAGGUACAACCAUUAAAAAGCACGGGAAAGAUCAUGGGCCAAGAGGACUGUCUCUUUAUCAAUGUGUGGACGCCGACGCUGCAGUCAGACGCCAAGCUGCCCGUCAUGGUUUGGAUCCAUAGUGGCUACCUGCACAUGUUGAGCGGAGGAGAGAAGACCUACUCACCGACAGAGAAGCUGGCGGCCGACACAGAAAUUGUUUACGUCAGCUUCAACUACAGACUCAAUGCCUUUGGUUUCUUGGCACUUGAGAUUCUGAGAGAAGGUUCUCCAACCAACACCUCAGGGAACUAUGGUUUCAUGGACCAGAUUGCAGCUCUGCACUGGGUCCAGAGAAACAUUCACGUGUUCGGAGGAGAUCCUGGGAAAGUCACCAUAGUGGGACACAGCUCGGGGGGGACCUCAGUGUGGACUCUGAUGAUGUCUCCAUUGGCAAAGGGUCUUUUCCAUGCAGCGGUGGACAUGAGCGGCUGGUCUGUGCUCAACGCCACACUGAAGCAGGCCGAGUCUGCCAACCUUAUCUUCUUGCAAAAGACCGGCUGCGAAGACCUCACCUGCCUACGUCAUCUCUCCGUCCAACAGGUCCUCCAGGCCAUCCCGUGGCAGGAGUAUCCUUUCUGGGCAGCUGAUGACCUUACUGACCUGCCCACCAAAGGACUCUUUGUUGGUCCAGUCAUUGUGGUGGAUGGAUACAUCCUCCAAGAUUUUCCAUUUGAGCUGUGGGAAAAGGGAGGAAACUACAGUGAUGUUCCUUUUAUUAUUGGAACAACCAAACAGGAGGUUGACUUCAGCCCCCCAGCUGUAAAUAUCUCUGCGUGGACCUGGGGAGACUACGCCUGGUUUGUAACAGAAAAGCUUCAGUCCUUUAGUGAAGAUCUUGCCAAAGAUGCAUUAGCACUUUAUCCCAGCUCCGAACACUGUCCCACCAGAGACCGAUGCCCAGAGAGGGCCUACACCACAAUGGUCUCUGACUUGAGGGUCACCUGUCCCAACAACGACCUUGCCAGUAGGGCUGCAGCGGCACUACACAGUCCUGUGUAUCGCUACGUGGUUACGUACACGCCGUCUCGAGCCAUCAACGUAUCCACCAGUCUGUUUUGGUUCCCCAGCCGCUUCUCAUUUCAUGGUCUGGACACAGUGGCUUUCUUCAGAGGGCUGGAGUUCCUGCUGGGAGGUUCUCUCUCCAAUGAGGACAAGAGCUUUCAAGAUCUCAUCACACAUCACCUUGUUAAUUUUAUCAAAAAAGGUAAACUGGAGGACCAGUGGCCAGAGUACCCAUCAGCCACAGCGCUCCUGUCCAGCAACCUGUCAGUGGUGCAGAACUACUCGGCUGAGCGGUGUCAGCUGUGGCAACAGAAUGGACUCUAUGCCUACGCCUGGAUUAACUGAGCCAGCAUCUGUCUGAUGAUUCAUCACUAAACCUUAUUUAUGCCACUGCUUUACUGCAUUGCCUUAAUCGCACUCUAACUCACCAGCUUGUCAAUUUUGCAAAAGGUAAUCCUGAAGUAAAAGCCUCUUUGUAGACAAACAUUUCCAAAAAAUAAUAUUGCAUCAGUUCAACAGAUUGAUGCAUCAAAAAAAUAAAUAAAUAAAUAAAAUAAAAUAAAAUAAAACUUGCAAAUUGAAAAAUGUGUGCAUACAUAAGGGCUCCUUCACACAUAGUGCGAAUGUAUACAACUCAGGGACACUCACGGUGGUAGAGCUCGUAUGAGCGGACCACGAAACAUCGCGCCAACGGGCAGGGGUGCACAAUGCCGGUGCAAUGGUUCGUGCACAUGACGGUGUCUUUCAAGCAGGAACACGAGGUGCACCACAUCGUGC